AAGAAACGCAUAUCGGAUAGGGGCAUUAAUGUCAUUUAAAAGUCUCUUUCCAGAGACACGUUCACAUUCCAUUCCAGACAGACACGGACACCGUUUCUUUCUCGUCCUUUCCAGUUUGGAUUUCGGUCGUUGAGUGAUCCCAAGAGCCUCACAAAAACUUCAACUUCGCAAUACGAUCAUUGUACAAAUCAUCGAUUCUAUCUAGAAGAAAUAUUGUGAAUUGGAAACUGUUUUGGAUUCUGGUCGAAGGAUUGAAGUGGAAUUGUGAGUAGAGGAGGAUGGCUUGUAGGGGUUGUUGGGAAUGUGUUUUGAAGCUUUUGAACAGCUUACUGACCAUUACUGGUCUAGCAAUGGUGGGAUAUGGGAUUUAUCUGCUGGUUCAAUUCGGUAAAGCUCCGGAUAACUCUCUGAAUGUUGCUACUGUCAGUGAUGAUCAAACUUAUGUUCUACUUGGCCGACCCAUGCUUAUGGCGUUGCCUCUUUCCAACAACUUUUUUGAUGAUUUGCCUAAGGCCUGGUUUAUUUACUUAUUCAUCGGAGUUGGCGUAGUUCUCUUUGUUAUUUCUUGUUUUGGCUGUAUUGCAUCUUUGACACGGAAUGGGUGCUGCCUGAGUUGUUAUUCGGUUUUGGUGGUUUUACUGAUCUUAGCAGAGCUUGGAUGUGCAGCCUUUAUAUUUUUUGACAAAAACUGGAAAGAGGAAAUUCCAAGGGACAAAACUGGAAAUUUUAAUAUGCUAUAUGAUUUUUUGAGAGAGAACUGGACUAUUGUGAAAUGGGUUGCGCUUGGAAUUGUUAUCUUUGAGGCUCUUCUUUUCAUCUUAGCCCUUAUUGUUCGGGCUGCGAAUAGGCCAGCAGAUUACGAUAGUGAUGAAGAGUUUAUUAAUCCAAGGCAGCAAGCCCGUCAGCCUUUGCUCAGUAGACCAGCAGGCCCUGCACCAGGUGUGCCAGUUACUGGCACAGUUGACCCACGUUCCAACAGAAAUGAUGCAUGGAGUGCAAGGAUGAGGGAGAAGUAUGGUCUGGAUACAUCGGAAUUCACAUACAACCCGUCUGAGUCACACAGGUUCCAGCAAGUAAACCCACAACCAACUGAAGAGAGGAGCCGUUGUACCAUAAUGUGAUGACUCCAAAGUCAGAGGUGGCCGAUUUCGAAGAUUGUUAUUGCGGGCAAUGGAGUUGAGGCUAGAAGUUUGUGAGAAAAACAUCUUUUGCUUAAUUUGUCUAUCAUUCCCUCUAUGACAUGAAAACAUAUCAUUUUGUUGUGUGUAACAUUCUGUUGAGUGAGAAACCAGCAUCAUAGUUUAAGGGAGUAAAUUUAGUUAUUCAUAAUGUUGUCUGUAUUUCGGGGUCAAAAUGUAUUUCUGUGAGCUACUCCCACACGUUAAAAUACAUCACCUGCAUUAUGGUGUUUGUUUUUGUGUGCUAAAGUCUCUACUAGCCAUAUCUGUUAGGUGUGUGAGAUGUAACAUGUAAUACUACAUUUUAGAUUUUCUCAUGUAACUUUUGUUAGUGAAUGGUUAACGCCUAACAGCAAUACACAACUUUACACAA